AUGGCUGAUGAACAAAGGAGGCGGCCGUACAGUUUCGAAGAAUAUGCCGAUAUCCUUUUCUACUAUGGAAAUGCCAGAGGCAAUGUUGAAGAAGCUUGUCCUAACAUUCAUCUGGGUAAAGUUUGUGAUAUCAAGGAAGGUGGGAUAGUGCUUGGUUGUAAGAGCAAAGCGGAUAACUUAAAACUGCUUUCCAUUGCAAAAGAGAAGUUAGGUGAUUCAUACGUCAUCAAAGAAGUUGCUGGUAUUAAUCCUAGGGUACGAAUAGUUGGACUGUCUGGCGAAUACUCCGAUGAGCAGAUACGUAGCUACCUUCUGAAGGGCCUAGACAGUCAUGAUCAUGAUGCUGAUAGAGAUAAAGACUUUAUUAUUUAUUAUCAAAACACUCGUGGUUUGCGUUCUAAAACUAAUGAAAUAUUCAACUCUGUUCCUCAACAAGACUAUUACUCUUUGAUAACACUGACAGAAACGUGGCUUGAUGCUGAUAUCAAUGAUUGUGAGGUUUUUCCGAAUAAUUAUUCAGUUUACAGAUCUGAUCGUAAGUUUUCAGCACUGAAUUUGAGGAAAGGUGGAGGAGUGGCUGUUGCUGUUAGGAGUGAAUAUAAGUCAUCUGCCAUUGAUAUAUAUGUGUACCCACCUUUCAACCAGGUGUUUAUUGCUUGGCCAUUUGAAGGUCGUAUAAAAGAAAAUGCGGCUCAGUUCUGCAAAGAAUUCAUCGUAACUGAGGAUCUAGGUAUACAUAAUGCACCAGAACCAGCUACAACAGCAUCGGUUUACGACUUUACACCAGCACCGAUACCCCUUUUGUUACGUAAUUGA